GGCACAGCCUGGUUGUAAAGCAAGAAGACCAAACAUGUAAGCUCGGUGUUUCUUUCACUUCUGCAGCAGGGCCUUUGGCAGUGUGAAAGCUUUGCUUUUUUUUGCUAGGGGAGGAUUUAGGUUGUUGCAGAGCUAUUUGGAAGGGUGUGUACGUGAGGUGACACUUAAGGGCGAGCAAUCUCGUAGUGCUGUGCAGCUCUGGGACCGCUCAGCCUGGGAAUAGCUCCGUGCAGAAAUCUCUCAGCGCCAGCGCUGACACUUCGUCUCUAUGGACCGCUUCCACGCCCGCAGCCCGAAAACCGCUGCUGUUCUGCUGCGUUCGUCCCCCCUCUUCGGCGGGUGGAGGAGGGACGCAGCCCAUAGUCUGGCAGCGCUGUGCGUGCCGCCCCGGGGAGGUGAGCAGCGCGGGGCUGCCGGGCGGUGCCUGCGCUGCUUCCAGCUGCAACACAGCCGCCCGCCUCGGGGUGGGGGCUGCGCAGCUUCGACUCGGCGGGAGCCGCUUCUCACCGCGGGGUGAGGCUCCUAUGUGUGUGUUUGUUGGUCGGGAGAGGUGGUAGGCGUCCGUAAGGAAGCCGGAAAACAAUCCGGCGAAGCGAUUUUUGCAGUAUAGUGUUUGCUCAGGUUGCUAUGAUGCUGCAAUUUGAAGCGCAGUCGUUUGUCGGUCCGGCGGUGCUCAGCCUCGCAGGAGGUUUUGUGUGACGAGUACCUGAGAAACCUCCACACACAAUCGUCUCUUAAUGUGGACCUGCAGAGCUUUCUAGUGAGGGUCGUGCUGUGAGCCUUACAAAGCGGUUGGGAAACUUGAGGGUUCUUGCUGUUGUACUUGAAGGCGCUGAAAAACUUGGAGAAACUGAAUAACAGGUUAAGUCUGCCCUUAAGAAUCUGAAUUUCUGCUUGGAUGUCAAUGCUGCAUACAUUACAGAAGAGAUCCUGCAUGCUGGUAAGGAGGACAUGGUCAAACCAACUACCACACAUAGCCAUUACAAGUCACAGGUAAAUAUCAAGAAACAAAGAAUGGACACUCAGUUAAUUUCCCCAUUAUUAGGAGCAAUUACCAGCCCAUCACCUCCAUUAGAAUCUUCCUGUCUGCACAGUGACUGCUCAGCACAUGGGGAUGUUGUUGGCACUGAAACUCCUUUCCAAGACUGCACCAAAAAGCGGGCACAGAUAAAUCUUUCUUAUUCUGGCAAUGGCCCUGAUAUGGUUGGGCUGGUGUCGAGCAUCUUAGAGGAGCCAAACAAGGCAGAACCAGUUACAGACUGGAAUUCACUUUCAAGAUUGUUUCCACCACUGUGGGCUUCUGAUUUAGGAAACGAUGGUGAAUUCUCAGGGCUUCCAUCCCAGCGCUCCGCAGGCAAUGAGGAUUUGAUGCGCGUGCAGAACUGCUACCAAGAGCAGCUGCUCCAGUCACACAAUGUGGAGGUGUUGCACAGAGGUUUAGAAGAUCUUUAUCUGAUUGAAUCUUGGCUUUCUCCAUCUGACCCCUGCGCUCAGCCUGCUAAUGCUCUGAAAAACAGUUAUCCUGAAAAUUCCUCUUUGGAAAACAAUAAUUCCAUUCUUCAGGAAGGGCGUGCAUUUCAAAGUGCAGAUUAUAAUCAGCACUGGAGCACUUAUGAGCAGCUGAGCUUAAAUGAAGACUUUGAAAAAACUGGUCCCAGUUUCAGCACUUCUCAAAACAGAAUUAAAGAUGAUACUGUCAUUCAUAAAGGGUUUUGGAGAACUGAAAGAACAAGGGGCAACGUGAUGAAAAAUGAUGCAUGUGAACGAACUAAACAUUCUCCUGAUCUUUCUAGUCAGUCUAUUGGUGACUCUUGGGAUGAAGUGCCCUGGAACAGCCACUUCUUUUCUGAAAGUUAUGAAAACUUUACAGCUGCUCAGAAAUCCCAGUCAUCUGUUCAUCCAUCACUGUAUUUUUUCAGUCAACCAAAAAAGGAAAGCUUUCCUGGAGUGACAAACAGAAAACCAUGGGAAACCCAUGUGCAAAAUGAUCAUCAAAGCUUUACUUUAGGGGAUGUUUUUAAUAAUAAUAAUGAAUGUAAAAACCACGUUAAUCCUGAAGAGUACUCUCACAAACUUUCUGAGUUUGAUUUGUCAGUAAAAAAUAUACAAAAUGGGAAUUACUUGUUGUACCAUGGACAUACGUGGCUGGAUGGGAAAUCUGCAAAUCCAACAGUUGCAUCAGAUGUCGUGUUUGGAAAGGAAGUGGUGAUGAGCACACAGUCAUCACCUGGAGCUUCAACCACAUCUGGGGGCUUCUCCCCACAUCAUCCUAUGACACAUUCCUCUUGUUACUCACAGACCUUACCAGUCCUCCUGUCAGGAAAAGAUGGGAGGUUACAAAUAUCAAAUAGCACUUCUAACAAUUUGGGAGUUUCUAAUUUCAUCUCAGACAUCCGGAAGCAAAUGAACCCCUUUGGACACUCACAGUAUGAUCCUUUCUCUAGUAAAGAGGGGCAGCAAUGCAAAUUCCCUGUUAACUUUUCAUCCAGCUGGUUAACACAGCAGAAUGCUUUAAGUGAAGACCCUGAAAUGUGCCACAGGUUUCAAAAAAAGCAAAUCCAGGAAAACAGCAAUAAAGAUGAUAGAAGAAGCAGAAGGAACUGGAUUCCUCACUUUGGAUAUGCAACCCCAAACUGCCAGCAGUUCAACAUGCUCCAAAAGAACCACGAACAGAAUGGCAGUAUCAUGUCAGAUUUUAUCAAUCCUUCUUUUCUUCCUUCCUUCCCAUUCAUGUCUGAUUUUAAGCAAACUCCUAGCUUUUCUCCAUUUAAUCACCAUCUGUUUUCAUUGGCAAAGAACUUCAGUUUUCCUCCUUCACCUUUUCCAUUCUCAGAACUUGUCGAUCUUCUUCAUUAUGAUGAUUUUAACCACUUGAAUCCCUUCAUCAGUGAUCUGUUUUGUGGGGAAAUAACUGCCCCAUACUUUGCCUUUCCAAUGCCAUUUAACAAGUGCAGACCUCCCAGGAGCCGCAGUGGACCUGCUAAUGAGCUUCACACCCAACUGGAGGAGUGUUACGAACAGUGGAGGGCUUUGGAGAAAGAGAGGAAAAAGACUGAGGCUGACCUUGCAAGGAACUUUCCAGGAAGGCGUGUUUCUAGCUCCAAUAACACUCCUGUGUCUCGGCUCCCUGCCAACCCAUCACGAGUGGAUCGCCUGAUUGUAGACCAGCUCCGAGAACAGGCCAGGGUUCUCACCUUAAUAGGGAAAAUGGAAAUGCUUUGUGGUGCCCCUGUGCACAGUAAUGUGUCUGCUGCCUUGAAACAUCACAUGGAAGCCAUCCAUGUAACGCAGGCACGGCGUAAGGAUGAGAUUGUUAAUGCUGUUAAUCCACAGAGACAAGGAGUGCUGCGCUAUAAUAAUGAGAAAGAUGUUCUGGCUCUGGCAGCUGCCAUUAGAGAGUUGGCUGCUUCCACACGCAGGGCUCGAACUGCGUUAUGGUGUGCAUUACAGAUGACUUUGCCAAAACCCUCCCCGAGCAGCCCGGUAAAGCAUGAAGCUGAAGGGACAUCACAAGAGCUUUGUACUCCAAACACAAGCACACAAGGAUCCAACAGCAUGGAGAAUGACAGCACAAGAAGCAGAGAAGAAAAAUCUGAGGAGCCCGUGAGGAUUCUGGAAUAAAUAAUAGUAAUAAUAAAGGGAGGUAGAAGGCUGAGGAUAGAGGGAGAAGGAUGAAGUGGCCUGUGUUGUACUGACGGUGUUUUCUAUAGGUUAUCAGAAAGCCAGAAGGUUACAACAAUUGAUCAGGGCUACAGUUCUGUUACUGUGAUUCUGCUGUUGAGAGACAUCCCUUACUAGUGUUAAUGCAAUGGUAAUAUUGCUGGUAUUACAAUGUCUGUUACGCUAGAAUUUUAUGAGGAGGGACUAAACAAUAGCUGAGCAUUUCCUUGUCUGCUUAUCCAAAGCUACAUAUCAGCUGUGAUUCAAGCCAUGACCUGAGAAACCAGUGUGGUGGAACUUAGUUCUCAGUUCUCCUUUCUGUGUUAAUGAUAUAGUCUAGCAUACUGAAAAGAGGAGAAAAAGUCAUUUGAAAGGUAUCUCAUUCAGGUGUUGAAUUGUUUUGCACCAUUAUGUAGUUCUUUUCAGUGCCAAAGUAAUCAGUAGGUGGGUAGCAUCCUGUCAUGGAGCAAUACAUGCUCUUGUAUUGUUUUUCAAAUGAGGAAUUUGGGUUAUUGAUAUGUUUGAGAAUAAUCAGCGUUUAAUCAGCAUGGUUGUGUGAGAUACUUCAGCAUUUUGCUGUCAGUUUCUAGCUAACCCAAUGUAGAAUGAGGUUUCCUACCUUGGUCUCAUACCAAGUAACAGCAUGUUUUACAUCCAAAAUACAAGGAUUUUGGAGACUUGCAGUGAGUACUGCAUUGAGAUGCAUGUUAACAGGAGACUGAAGAAAAUGGUGACUCAGGAUUAGAAAUGAGGUUUAUUGAUUUCUCACUGGGUUAUAAACCAGUAACUAUACAGCACAGUGUGCUCUUAACUGAAAAAUACUCUGUGUUAUUAGUGUGCGUUCAUGGUACUACAGAUCUUUGGAAACAUUCCAUAUUUAUUUUAAUGUGUUUAUUGAAUGUUAAUUUAAAAUUCUAUUUUAGUAAUAUAAAGUUGGAUCUUUUUGCCAAACCUUCUGAAUAAUCUGAUUUAACAAUUUACUCAGGAAAUAUGUCUAUUCUUAUAUAAAUACAGGCAUAUACAUGGGGGUUUUUGGGGGGGAGGGAUGUUUGCUAGAUAUUUACACAAAGCUAGCUAUAUACUAGGUUACCAAAGCUAUUUAACUGGUUUGAUAUCUGCGUGGAAGAUUUCACAUAUUGCAUUGCUGUUACCUGGUGUCUGUUCUGUGGCUUAGACAAUCAGAAAUGUUGUGUGUUGGUGUGAAUGUUCAGGGUGAGAAUUAGAGCAGAAUAAAUAAUUCCAGUUCUCUUCUUAUGGCACAUAAAUAUUUUAGUGCUUUAACAACUGUCUUAAAGCAACACCAUCUCUUACAUGUGACUACUAACCAGCUGUGGCUCUUAGCUCUUAUUAUAGUAAUGAAUGGCUUUGGAGAGCAGUUCUCACUUGAAAAGUGAAUUAAGCAUAAGGAAAGUUUUUUGAGAGGUAUAAAUGAAGAUGUAUCUGUGUUUCAUAGCAUUCAACAUGAAGUUUGACCUUUUGUGGGUAAAUAUAGAAUUGUUAUGUACUUGCAGAAUGUUCAAAGGCAAAAAACACAGGCACUGGGGAGUGUUACUUUGAGUGUGAGGGUUUUCUUAGUGCAGGUGCACCUUUUUUGCACAAAUUAAGAUGGUAAGACUGGCUUUUGAGAAACUGAUUACCUGUAUUCCACAGCUGGAAGAGUGGAGUCUGCAGUAUUUCAGUCCAUGGCUGAGUUUUUUAAUUGUGAUUAAUGUAUUGACAGGAAGGCAGAUUUAGGAAGCCUUGAUCUGCUUUUCUGGUCACAGAACAACUGCAGUUCUGUAGGAGUGCAUUGUAGCAGUGUGUGUAUAGAGCACAGUCCAUCUUAUUGUAUUGCUGUGUAUUAAUCGUUACUCUCAAGGGACAUGUUCUUAACUGAUGCAUAAUGUAGUUAAUGUGCCUUCAACAGUCUGUUUCUGAGCACAAUAAGUAACAGUAUGCUCACCUCUGUUUUCCUCUGCUGUUUAAUUACCUGUUUACAAAGAGUUACAGUGUGGCUGCAUUUGACUACAGCUAACAGCUGGGGUAGGCUGGUAUUGCUGUGCACCAUCGCUGCAGAGAGUCACAAUGAAUGGGAUAUGUACAUGUUGCACUGAAUUGUUGGUGUGGAUAAGAAUAAUGCUCCUGGCUUUUGGUACUGAUCAUAUUCACAUUUGCUAACUUCAGUGAGAGCAGAGCUUUGGGCUUUUAGCUCACACUUAACCUGGAGAGGUGUCUUCAUUUCAGAGUUUGUAUUUAUUUCUUAUUUAUAUAGUUUUCUUCCCACUUGUGAAGCAAUAGGGUAAAAAUUACUUUGCCUUGUUUCCCUAAAUAGUUCUACUGAGAUUUAAUUUAUUUCUUUUCCUGAGUUGAUUUUUGCAGCUUACAUUUUUGAAUGAGUUGUAGCAGUGAUUCAGAUCUGCUCCCAUGUAAUAAAACAAGAUGCUUCGAAGUCCCCUCUCAAGUCCCACUCAUUGCUGUUAGGUGUUUUUUCAUUCAGAGUGGAUCUGUCAUGUUUUAAAAUCCUAAACUGAGAGUGCAAUGCAAGAUAGAAGUAACUGAUUCUUAAAUUCUAUGUACUACAAAAGCCAUUGGAUUCUUGUGGUUUGAUCUUGCUGCUUCUCAGAAGAAAGGCCUGCAUCUGAGCUAGGAUGUCACUUCUGGUAGAAGGUUUGGUAUCCCUGCUCUUCAGAUUUCACAGAUUCCUAUGGGAAUUAAGUGAAUCUGAUGGGAUUUAUGUCAACUAACACUAAGAAGUUUGCAUUACUUUGUCUCUACUUUCCCUGGAACAACAUGCAGGGAGGCCGUGUGGGCUCGUGCUCUUUGUCCUGCUGGGCUGUCUUCAGAAGUGUUUGACAGACUGAGUUAUUCCUGAGCCACUGUUGUUGCUUUUUCUUCCCAGACUGAAUGCUUUUAUUAGCUGUUGGUAUUCACUGCCACCACAAACCUCGUUCUUCUCUACCUGGGUGUGCAUCUCUUGGAGCUGGUUUGCCUAACAGCACAGAAGCUGUUGCUGUAGGUUCCAUCUAGGAUGCUGGAUUUUGUUGUUGUCAUGUUAGCACUGCUGUAGAGGUUAUGCAACCAACAAACCUUAAGCCUGUAUAAAUUUCUUUAAAGCUUAUUUUCUUACCUGUUCUGAGGGCUGACUUUGUUUUAUUCUGUUCAGGAGUGAUGAUGUUGAAAUGCUGCAUGUUGGAGCAACCCUAAGCAGUGGUGUUUUGAGGAUUUUGCUCUUAGUAUCAUUACUGCUCUGAUGAUGUAUUUGAUUCUACUUUAUGGCCACAGUAUUCUAUAUUUUUUUUUUGGUGUCAUUAAGGUGGAAAAACUACUUCAGGAUUAUUUAACUCUUAAACUGUACACAAUAUUGGACAAGGAUAAUGAAUAUUGCACAUUGGUGAAUGUAUGAGAGCAGUUGACUUUGGAAUGCAUAUAUUUAAUUAAUGUUAUUUAAAAAUAAGUGCACUAGUCUACUGAAGAUACAUGUGCUGUGGCCCUGCUUCUACUAAGCCAGCAGCUUUGAACAUUGGAUAUCAAGAAACUACAGAAAAGUGUGUUCCUGACCUUAAUUUUGUUUCCCUCUAUGCUGUCAAACAUGGAAAUAGCAGGAUUGUUUUCCUCCCUCUUAAAGCUUAGGAAUGGACCCAUAGCAGGAGCUUUGGCUGAAUUAAAUGUGUGGGUUUCUGAGGAUUUUGCACCUUGUUUCUCUCCCACUUGCUUGGACGGAAAUUAACUGUAGCCAUCCAUAGGCCUGGAUUUAUUUCUGGAGCAGUUCAUUGCCACCAGCACUCCCUGUUUUGUGAAUGCGAUAUGAAAUUAAGCAUCUCUUUUUAUUAUAGAUCACUUUCUAAUUAAAAAAAAAUCACUUUCCCAAUCAAUUUCAGUUAUAUAGAAUGGAAGGUCGUUAUUUUUCUUCAUUAGCAAUACUGUAAUCAGAGGUGCAAAAAAUGUGUGUUGACUGUGCUUUUAGAGACCAGAAACACAUGGGGCUAUGAGCAACUUAAAAAUGUGGGGAUGUGGAGCUAAAAAUCCUCUCAGCUUGCUUUCAUUUCUAAUACUCAUUUGGCAGUUAUUCACAUAUAGUCUCUCAGAAGAGGGUUAGAAAAGAUGAACAGUCAACUUGCAAUCCUUGCCAGCUGGAAGUUACUUUACAUUUUUUUACUUGUAUGAAAUACAACCAGUUUAAAACUUGUUUAUGCACAGUAAUAACCUAAUGAGCAUAGUUUUUUCACAAAAUUAGGCUGCUUCCAUUAUCUAUGGGAGAAGUUUCCUUUUAUUUUAUAUGACAUAUGCAAAGAUUAAGUGUCUGUAUUUUAAUAUACUAUUUGGUGUCUGAAGCAUCUUUUACAUGUUUGUUGUUCAAACUCAUGUAUUUAAUAGGAAGUUUGACACUGCUGGUGUCACACUGCAGGAGGAGGACUUAGAGUUGAUCCACUCCGUAGAUCCAACAAUAUCUGAAUCUGAAGCAAUAUCUGAAAGUCUAAUUUAGCUAUAAUUGCUGGUGAUACAAUAGCCAAAGUUGAUGAGAAGGUCUGUGUUAUGUGUGUGAGAGUCUCAGAAAGGAGACAAUGCUGUACUCAAUAACGGCCAGUGUAAUUUAUUAGGGUAUUAUGUAUGUGAUUGAUUCCUUUUAAAUAACCAGCUGUGUUGUAUGCCUCCUUAAUAAACAGUUAUGGCUUGUUGUUUCAUUUAGUUCAAUUUGCACUAUUUAUCAGCUGCUGUUCUUCAAGAGUUUAACUUGUUUUGUCAUUUGGCCUUGACAAGAUGUUGUGUGUUCUGCUUUAACACAGUUAAAAAUUAAAAUCUUCACUUUUUAUGGCA